AUGCUGAUCUUAGUCGUCGUCCUCCUCCUCUGUCUCAGCAAGCGAGCAGACUCCUUGCCCCACUUCCUGCAACAGCCGGAGGACCAGGUGGUGGUGCUGGGGAGCGAGGCGCGGCUGCCUUGCGUUCUGGGCGCCUACUGGGGGCUCGUUCAAUGGACCAAGGAUGGACUGGCGCUGGGGGGCGAAAGAGAUCUGCCAGGCUGGUCCCGGUACUGGAUCUCAGGGAAGGCAGCCAGUGGCCAGCACAACCUCCACAUCCGGCAUGUGGAGCUGGAGGAUGAAGCCUUGUACGAAUGCCAGGCCACACAGGCAGGCCUCCGCUCUCGCCCAGCCCAGCUGCACGUCUUAGUGCCCCCAGAAGCUCCCCAGGUGCUGGGCGGCCCUGCUGUGUCUCUGGUUGCUGGUGUUCCUGCGAAUCUGACCUGUCGGAGCCAAGGGGAUGCCCGCCCCACCCCUGAGUUGCUAUGGUUCCGAGAUGGGGUCCGGCUAGAUGGGGCCACUUUCCAUCAGACUCUACUGAAGGAAGGGACCCCUGGGCCAGUGGAGAGCAGGUUGUUUCUGACCCCUUCCAGCCAGGAUGAUGGAGCCACCUUGGUCUGCCGGGCCCGGAGCCAGGCCCUGCCCGCAGGGAGGGACACAGCUGUCACACUGAGCCUGCAAUACCCCCCAGUGGUGACUCUGUCAGCAGAACGUCAGACUGUGCAGGAAGGAGAAAAAGUCACGUUUCUGUGCCAGGCCACGGCCCAGCCUCCUGUCACGGGCUACCGGUGGGCCAAGGGGGGCACCCCGGUGCUUGGGGCCCGUGGGCCGAGACUGGAAGUUGUGGCAGACCCCUCAUUCCUGACGGAGCCUGUGUCCUGUGAGGUCAGCAACGCCGUGGGGAGUGGCAACCGGAGCACGGCGCUGGAUGUGCACUUCGGACCGAUUUUACAGGCAAAGCCGGAGCCGGUGGCCGUGGACAUCGGGGAAGACGCCUUCUUCCGCUGUGCCUGGCGUGGGAAUCCGCCCCCGCGAGUGACCUGGACCCGCCAAGGGGAGGCACAGGUGCUGGGCUCUGGGCCCACACUGCGCCUGAGGUCCGUGGGGACUGAGGAUGCUGGCGACUACGAGUGCCGAGCUGAGCCAGGGACCUCGGGCCUAGGAGGUGGGGCUGCGGAAGCCAGGCUGACAGUGAACGCUCCCCCCGUGGUAACCGCUCUGCACUCCGCACCCGCCUUCCUGAGGGGUCCAGCCAGCCUCCAAUGUCUGGUGGUCGCCUCCCCUUCCCCAGAAACAGUGGUCUGGUCUUGGGACGAGGGCUUUCUGGCCUCGGGGUCCCGGGGCCGGUUCCUGGUGGAGACUUUCCCAGCUCCCCAGGGCCUGGAGGGCCAGGGCCGGGGCCUCAUCUCGGUGCUGCACAUUUCGGGAACUCAGGAGUCCGACUUUAGCAGAGCCUUCAACUGCAGUGCCAGAAACCGGCUGGGUGAAACCAGCACCCAGGUCACUCUGGACAGAAGAGCAGCUGCUUCCUUCUCCAAGCAAAAGAACCUGGUUCGGAUCCCCGGCAGCGACGGCUCCAGUUCUCGAGGGCCUGAAGAAGAGGAGAUGGCCAGCAGCGAGGACCGGGGCCCCAGCGUGCACAGGGACCACAGUGACCUGGGUCUGGAUGAGGAGGGAGCUCUGGAGACCAAGGACCCGACCAAUGGUUACUACAAGGUCCGAGGGGUCAGCGUCAGCCUGAGCCUUGGUGAGGCCCCUGGAGGAGGCCUCUUUCUGCCACCCACGUCACCCCUUGGACCACCAGCAACUCCAACCUUCUAUGACUUCGGCUCACGCCUGGGCAUGGUCCCCCCCUGCAGGAUGUAUAGAGCCCGGGCCGGCUAUCUUACCACACCCCAUCCUCGAGCUUUUACCAACUACAUCAAACCCACCUCCUUUGGACCCCCAGACCUGGGCCCUGGGACACCUCCCUUCCCAUACGCUGCCUUCCCUCCACCCAGCCACCCCCGUCUCCAGACCCACGUGUAACACCUC